CCCAGGCCUCGCCAAGCCCAUGGGUCUGGUGGAGGGGCCAGGGGGCCUGGGCCAGGGCGGCUUGGCAGCCACCCUGCGGGAUGACAGCCAGGAGACAGAGGGCAAGUAUGAGGAGUAUGGCUACAACGCACAGCUCAGUGACCGCAUCUCCCUGGACAGGACCAUCCCCGACUAUCGGCCCAAAAAGUGCCGGCAGAUGAGCUACGCCCGUGACCUGCCCCAGGUUUCUGUGGUCUUCAUCUUUGUCAACGAGGCGCUGUCGGUCAUCCUGCGCUCCGUGCACAGCGUGGUCAACCACACCCCCUCGCAGCUCCUCAAGGAGGUCAUCCUGGUGGACGACAACAGUGACAACGUGGAGCUCAAGUUCAACCUGGACCAGUACGUGCACAAGCGGUACCCAGGCCUCGUGAAGAUCGUCCGCAACAGCCGGCGGGAGGGCCUGAUCCGCGCGCGGCUGCAGGGCUGGAAGGCGGCCACCGCCCCUGUCGUCGGCUUCUUCGACGCCCAUGUGGAGUUCAACACGGGCUGGGCCGAGCCAGCGCUGGCGCGCAUCCGGGAGGACCGGCGGCGCAUUGUGCUGCCAGCCAUCGACAACAUCAAGUUCAGCACAUUCGAGGUGCAGCAGUAUGCCAACGCCGCACACGGCUACAACUGGGGCCUGUGGUGCAUGUACAUCGUACCGCCUCGCGACUGGCUGGACCGCGGUGACGAGUCCGCACCCAUCAGGACCCCCGCCAUGAUCGGCUGCUCAUUUGUGGUGGACCGUGAAUACUUUGGGGACAUCGGGCUGCUAGACCCAGGCAUGGAGGUAUACGGCGGCGAGAACAUCGAACUGGGCAUGAGGGUGUGGCAGUGUGGCGGCAGCAUGGAGGUGCUGCCCUGCUCACGCGUGGCGCACAUCGAGCGCACCAAGAAGCCCUACAACAAUGACAUCGACUACUACGCCAAGCGCAACGCGCUGCGGGCAGCCGAGGUGUGGAUGGACGACUUCAAAUCCCACGUGUACAUGGCCUGGAACCUCCCCAUGACUAACCCAGGGGUGGACUUCGGGGACGUGUCCGAGAGGCUGGCCCUGCGCCAGAGGCUGAAGUGUCGCAGCUUCAAGUGGUAUCUGGAGAACGUGUACCCAGAGAUGAGGACCUACAACGACACCCUCACGUACGGAGAGGUGAGAAACAGCAAGGCCAGUGGCUACUGCCUGGACCAGGGCGCAGAGGACGACGACCGGGCCAUUCUCUACCCCUGCCAUGGCAUGUCCUCCCAGCUAGUGCGGUACAGUGCCCAUGGCCUGCUGCAGCUGGGGCCGCUGGGCUCCACGGCCUUCCUGCCCGACUCCAAAUGUCUGGUGGAUGACGGCCGUGGGCGCACGCCCACCCUGAAGAAGUGCGAGGAUGUGGUGCGGCCCACGCAGCGGCUGUGGGACUUCACCCAGAGUGGUCCCAUUGUGAGCCGGGACACGGGCCGGUGCCUGGAAGUAGAAAUGUCCAAAGAUGCCAAUUUUGGGCUGCGGCUAGUGGUGCAGCGCUGUUCUGGGCAGAAGUGGAUGAUCAGAAACUGGAUCAAGCCUGGGCGGCACUGACCACUCACCCUGGCCUUUGUGUGAGGCAGGCCCCGAGGACCUUGGGAGGGGCCAGGCGAGCCCGCAGGGCCCUCUGCACCUGCUCCAUGAACCCUGGGCAACCCGGGCGGUGCCCGGUGUGUCACGGCUGAGCUCUAGACCCUGGACUGCAGAGGCCAGGAGACCGGGCCAUUGGCCACUGCGUUGGGAGCACGGCCCCUCCGGGGAUAGGCAGCUGUGCCCACAGGAGGGGUCUCAGGACAAGGACGGCAACUCUGAAACACGUGCCUUUUCUACGGUAUCUCCUGUCCCGACUGCCGGGCUGGCGCCGCCUCUGCAUGUGCUUCCGCCCAUCCACAGCCUCGUGGAGGCUGCCCUGCCUCCACUGUGUGAGGCUGCCCUGUCUCCACCAUGUGAGGCUGCCCUGUCUCCGUCCUCUGGGCGGGGUCUCCCCACCAGCUGCCCUCGCUGUCCACCUGGCCUCUCGGGUCCUGACCUAAGUUGAACAUCAGAACACGGCUUUUCAGGGUCUGGUAGGAGGGGAACAUGGAUGGCUGCCGUGGCUCCAGAGGCCAACCCAUAGGCCGUGUCUCAGAGAGGACAUGACUGCUGCAGCAGAGACCAAAUAAAGAGAGGCCGAGCCAGCGGAGGCCGUGUCUGUCUUCCUGCAAGCCAGUUGCCCUGGUGGGUGGGGCCCGGCUCUGCUGUCCAGGAGCCAGGGCACCUUGGCUCUAACGUCCACAGUGGGGGGUCAGCAAGGUGCGACCCGGCCUCCGCCCAUCCCUAUAAUAAAGCUUUAUCGGCACAUGGCCA